AUGCGAGAGCAGACAGCAAACGAUCCAGAGUCGUGGACGUCGUUCUUCGGCCCUGGGAUAGCCCUCCGCACACGGGGCUUCCAAUUGGUUGUAGAGGACGUUUCUCACUGGAACGUCUUCCUGGGCGUCCUCGCCACCCUCAUCGGUGUGUCGUCUGUGGGGGCGCUGCUGGCGCUCAUCCUUAACCAUCACACGGGCCUGUAUCUGUUCGCGCUCUGCGUGGCCGCACUGAUUCCGCUGGUGGUGCUGCUGAUGGCCAAGCGCAAGGUCAUCGUCGAUCUCCUCCGCAAGAAGAUCAAGCGCGUCACCAACAGGCGGCUGUUCUGGACUGAGUCGAAGGUGAUUCGUGUGCUCGACGUGGAUCGAGCGGAGAAGAAGAUUACGAUCGGCCAGACCGGCAGGUCCAUGUCCAAGGUCAUCCUCAUUUUGUACAGCGGGGAGGAGUUCGACGUGACGAUGUUCUUCGAUACGAUGAACGACCCGUUCAAGGACACCAUCGUCGACAAGAUCAACCACUACCUCCACAUCGCCCAAAAAACGUUGCAUGACCGCAAUGCAGAGGAAGAGGAUUGCGGGUCGUCGGACUUCGAGGAGGAGACGGAGGAAGUCGCCGAGACGGACACCCUCCCCGAAGGUGCCACGCUCGACGAGGAGGAGAGCGCGGUGGGCCGAAGCAACGAGGAUGACGACGAGCUCAACCUGGGAAAGGGCAAGGAACGUUCGCUGGAUGGUGGACGACACGCUGAAGAUGAGGAGGAAGGCGAGAAGGAGGGCACGCUCAUACUUGUCUGA